AUCCCAGCAAUUGUAAAGCCAGCUUUUGAUUGGAUGGCCGUCGGUUAGCGUUGGCGGUCGUUCUCCCUUGGUGCGCUGGGCUCCACCAUGCGCAAAAACACGAGAGCAUGGACAUUUCGAAGCUGGCUUGGCUGACGGUUCGCUCGGAGCACAGACGGACUGCACCUGCAUCUGCAAAGCGGCAGGACAGGACAGCAGAACUGCACCAACGCAACAAGUGAACGCGGGAACUGGAAUUGGGCGACGGAAAGUUGGGGAGGGAGUCGCGGUGGCUUUGCUGUGCAUCUCCGGCAGCCUGCUAACCCCAACCCACCUACACUACCCGAAGCAAGGCAAGGCCCCCAGUCGGGAGGACUGCAUCUCCCUACCGAGUUCGGAGGUACCUCGUAACGGGAACCGGCGCAGUUGACCAAGGUACCGGAUACACGACGGAGUACCGCUGCAAUGGGCGUCCGCCUUCGGCACCUGCACCUUCCCAGCGUCCACCCACACUACAUCCCCUACAGCCUCGCCAGCCGGGUGCAGGAGCACUUCCGCCGCCAGCAUCUCGACUUCAAGGACGCCAAGCCCGGUUUAUCACCAGCACCAGCACCACCACCCCCAACCCUCAUAUCCUUCACCCCGGCCCCGAUCUUCACCCUCGGCCGCCGCCAAACCACACCGCUCAGCCCAUCCGAAACCGCCCGGCUCACCGCGCCCCUGCGCAUCCCCGCGCCUCCACCACCAACUCCUCCUCCGCACAACGACCGCAACAGCAACAGCAACAACAACCCCGAUGCGAUCUCCCUCACCCCCAAGGUCCUGCACGCCCCGCGCGGCGGGCUGACGACCUACCACGGGCCGGGCCAGGUGGUGCUGUGGCCGGUGCUGGACCUCCGGCCGCGGGCCCACCACCACCGCCCGCCCCCGCACCGGUCCUUCACCGUCAAGUGCUACGCCCGCCUGCUGGAGGAGACCACCAUCGCGGCGCUGGCGGCGGCGUACGGCCUCGCGGGGCGGACGACGGCCGACCCGGGCGUGUGGGUGGCGAUGCGGUCGGCGCCGCGGUCUCCGCGCGACACCAACGCCGACGCCGACGCCGACGCUGACGACGGGGAGCAAAGCCUCGCCAAGAUCGCCGCCCUCGGCGUGCACCUCCGCCGCCACGUCUCGGCCCUCGGCACGGCGGUCAACCUCGCCUUCCCGCCGCCGUACACCGCUGCCGCCGCCGACGAGACGACCAACCCGUGGGCGCGCAUCGUCGCCUGCGGCCUGGAGGGCCGCGCCGUGACCUCCGUGGCCGGGGAGCUGGGCGAGGGCGCGGCGGCGGAGAUGGAUGCGCGGCUCGCGCGCGCGAUGACGGCUGCUGGGCAGGAGCGGGAGCGGUGCUGGCCGAGUUCGCGGGAGGGCCGGCUGGCCACGGUGUGGGCGGCUGAGCUGGCGCGGAGGAUGGGCAUUGCCGGCGGGGUGGAGGGCGUCGGUGGGGAGGAGGUGAUGGGGUUAAUGGAGGAGUUGGUGCGGGGGAUUGAUGCGGGGAGCGGGGAUGGAAAUCGGGAUGAGAUGGCGGCGCUGGAGGAGGAGAGGACGUAUCUGUCCCGCAUGAGGGACAUCUUUGCUGGGAGGUGACUGGUGAGGGGGCGUGUUGUGACCGGCUCACACCCACUCAACGGACUUUUGCUGUCGGUAACAUCUAUGUAGAAGCCUAACUAUCUAAACCAGACCUCAUAUUGCAUUCUUC